GCCCUGAGCAUGCGCAUUGGGCGUGCUUGCGCCACCGCCCAUUCGCUGAGACUGCCUGCGCAGGGCCGUGGGCCCUCGGUGACAGCAGCUGGAGGUGACAGAGGAAGCCAACGAGGUCAGGGUGACUCCUAGAAAACCAGACAGCCUGCUUGCAUCUGAUGAAAUCGGCCAGUCAUCCAGCCAGCCAUGUCUUACACUCCGGGGAUUGGUGGGGACCCUGCCCAGCUGGCGCAACGCAUCUCCUCUAACAUCCAAAAGAUCACACAGUGCUCCGUGGAAAUACAAAGGACUCUGAAUCAACUGGGAACACCUCAGGAUACACCGGAGUUGAGGCAACAGCUGCAGCAGGAGCAGCAGUACACUAACCAACUUGCGAAAGAAACAGAUAAGUACAUUAAGGAGUUUGGCUUUCUGCCCACCACCCCCAGUGAACAGCGUCAAAGGAAGAUACAGAAAGACCGAUUGGUGGCAGAAUUCACCACAGCGCUAACAAACUUUCAGAAAGUGCAGAGGCAAGCCGCUGAGAGAGAGAAAGAGUUCGUGGCCCGAGUUCGAGCCAGUUCCAGAGUAUCGGGUGGUUUUCCUGAAGACAGCUCAAAAGAGAAGAAUUUUGUAUCCUGGGAAAGCCAAACACAGCCUCAAGUGCAAGUCCAAGAUGAAGAAAUCACAGAGGAUGACCUCCGGCUCAUCCAUGAGAGAGAGUCUUCAAUCAGACAGCUGGAAGCUGACAUUAUGGACAUUAACGAAAUAUUCAAAGACUUGGGGAUGAUGAUUCAUGAACAAGGAGAUGUUAUUGACAGCAUAGAAGCCAAUGUAGAAAGUGCGGAAGUUCACGUACAGCAGGCGAACCAGCAGCUGUCAAGAGCGGCGAAUUAUCAGCGCAAAUCCAGAAAAACCCUCUGCAUCAUCAUUUUAAUCCUGGUGGUCGGAAUCGUGAUCAUCUUCUUCAUCGUAUGGGGUCUGAAAGGCUGAGACCGACAGAAGGCUCGGACGACUGCAUGAUGUUAUCAGCGUGACGUAGGCAGGCUCUCGGGAUCACUUUCUUUUGUCGCUGUUCUGAGGCUGUUGUAUAAAAGAUGGCUCCACACUUCGUCGUUUUUACCAGGGGAUUGUGGGGGGGGGUUCUUUUGGAUUCAAUCUGAUAUUUUCUAAUACCCAAGGUUUUUUAAAAUUCCCUUUGCUGGCCCAAUUUCCCUGCUUUUUAGUCCAACAACUGUUGGGUUUUUUGCUCACGUUGUAUAUGCCUUUCAUUUAUAAUUUAUUUAUAUUGUUUAACUUUUGGGGAAUUAUCUAAUUGGCAUGUGUGCUCUGCCUACACCUCUGUCACUGUGUAACCCGUGUAACAUGAUUGUGCUAUCUUAUUAAAAAAAAAUCCGAGUUUAAGUUUCAUUUGUCCAGUAAAUAUUCUCAGUAGGCAAACCCUAGCAGCCCCAUCUGUGGGACAGUUUAUCCCCUGUGGUCCAGGGCAGUGCAGAUCAUUGUUGCUCUGCCAUUAUUGGAUGGCUCUCGUCACCCCUGAAUAAAAUCAGUGAAUCUCUUCCCUAUGUGUAUAUAAGCGUUUGCUGCAGAUUGCAUCAUGAAGAUAGUGAGGAUAGAUUGUUUUUAAUGUGGACUAUUUAAUCCACUACAUACUAAGGGCAGAAGCGUCUGAAAAACCCAUACCAAUGUCUGUUCUGUUUAGAUGCUAAAGAUGCCAGUUUCAUACUGCACGGAACCACUUUCCCCACACGGUCUUGUUUUAUUUGGCCAUUAGUUACUUUCCCUUGUGUCCCUCAGAACACUCAUUAGACAUGUAUCUUUGGGUCCCAUCUUUGCAGAGUAAUGUUCCUACAAUUACAGAUUUGGGAUUUCAUUUUUAUACUUAAAUUUUGACACUUAAAUGUUAAGAGUUCGUUUAGAUGCCACUUUUUUUCUUAAAACCAUUCUUCAUUCAAAUAAGAAUCAGGUGUCUGCCAGUGAACUCACGUGUCUUUUUGAAUCAAUGUUUUAAUGCACUAAUAUGAAUGCUGUAAAAGGGGCUAUCUUAGAUUAUCGCUUGUGUUUUAUAAUGUUCUUACACAGCCGUCUGCUAAUGCUGGCACUGUUUAAUGUGGCUCUGAAACCUUUACAUGGGAACAAGUGAAAUAUUAUCAAUGGAAGCAGAAUAAAGGUGAUUCUGGACUUGUCUGCUA